GGAAGUGACUUUUCGUCUUGGCUCUUUUUCCGCCUGGCCUUCCGGCGUCCGACGCCGGAUGCAUCUCUGUUGUAGGGUGGGGAGGUGCUAGUCCGGGCGCCCGAUUCGAGUCGGCGCUGGGAGCUAGGAUGUCUGACACGUGGAGCUCGAUCCAGGCCCACAAGAAGCAGCUCGACUCGCUGCGUGAGCGGCUGCAGCGCAGGCGGAAGCAGGACUCGGGGCACUUGGAUCUACGGAAUCCAGAAGCAGCACUGUCCCCAACCUUCCGUAGUGAUAGCCCAGUGCCUACUGCACCUACCUGUAGUGGCCCUAAGCCCAGUACAGUUUCAGUCAUUCCUGAAUUAGCUACAGACCCAGAGUUAGAGAAGAAGUUGCUACACCACCUCUCGGAUCUAGCCUUAACCUUGCCCACUGAUGCUGUGUCCAUCUGUCUUGCCAUCUCUACGCCAGAUGCACCUGCCACUCAAGAUGGGGUAGAAAGCCUUCUACAGAAGUUUGCAGCUCAGGAGUUGAUUGAGGUAAAGCGAGGUCUCCUACAAGAUGAUGCACAUCCCACUCUUGUGACCUAUGCUGACCACUCCAAACUCUCUGCAAUGAUGGGUGCUGUGGCAGAAAAGAAAGGCCUUGGAGAAGUAGCAGGGACUAUCACGGGGCAGAAACGACGGGCAGAACAGGACUCAACAACAGUAGCUGCUUUUCCCAGCUCUUUAGCCUCUGGACUGGCCUCUUCAGUAUCAGAACCAGCUAAGGAGCCAGCUAAAAAAUCAAGGAAGCAUGCUGCUUCAGAUGUUGAUCUGGAGAUAGAAAGUCUUUUGAACCAACAGUCUACUAAAGAACAACAAAGCAAGAAGGUCAGUCAGGAGAUCCUAGAGCUAUUAAAUACCACAACAGCCAAGGAACAAUCCAUUGUUGAAAAGUUUCGCUCACGAGGUCGGGCCCAAGUGCAAGAAUUUUGUGACUAUGGGACCAAGGAGGAGUGCAUGAAAGCCAGUGAUGCUGAUCGACCUUGUCGCAAGCUGCACUUCAGACGAAUUAUCAACAAGCACACAGAUGAGUCUUUAGGUGACUGCUCUUUCCUUAACACAUGUUUCCACAUGGAUACGUGCAAAUAUGUUCACUAUGAAAUUGAUGCUUGCAUGGAUGCUGAGGGUCCUGGAAGCAAGGACCAUGCACCAAGCCAGGAGCUCGCUCUUACACAGAGCGUUGGGGGUGAUUCUAGUGCAGAUCGACUCUUUCCUCCUCAGUGGAUCUGUUGUGACAUCCGGUACCUGGACGUCAGUAUCUUGGGCAAGUUUGCAGUAGUGAUGGCUGACCCACCUUGGGAUAUUCACAUGGAGCUACCCUACGGGACCUUGACAGACGACGAGAUGCGCAGGCUCAACAUACCAGUGCUUCAGGAUGACGGCUUUCUUUUCCUUUGGGUCACAGGCAGGGCCAUGGAAUUAGGCAGAGAGUGUCUGAACCUCUGGGGUUACGAACGUGUAGAUGAAAUUAUCUGGGUGAAGACAAAUCAACUGCAGCGCAUCAUUAGGACAGGCCGUACAGGUCACUGGUUGAACCAUGGGAAGGAACACUGCUUGGUUGGUGUUAAAGGAAAUCCUCAAGGCUUUAACCAGGGUCUGGACUGUGAUGUGAUUGUAGCUGAGGUUCGUUCCACCAGUCACAAACCAGAUGAAAUUUAUGGCAUGAUUGAGAGACUCUCCCCUGGUACCCGCAAGAUUGAGCUCUUUGGACGACCACACAAUGUGCAACCUAACUGGAUUACUCUGGGAAAUCAACUGGAUGGGAUCCACCUGCUAGACCCAGAUGUGGUUGCACGGUUUAAGCAAAGGUAUCCAGAUGGUAUCAUCUCAAAACCUAAGAAUUUAUAAAAGUACUCUAUAGAGCUGACCACCCAGAGCCACGGUCUGCAGCCCACACCUGAAGAGGAAUGUUUGCACAACAGCUUCCCCCUUAUUUAAAUAAAAAUUUGUAUUGUAAUUGGGAUUUUGAGGUGAAA